UGCUGGCCUGGGAGUGCUCUGGCUGUCCCCUGGCUCCUGAUGCACCCCAUCACUGGACAUGACUGCAGUGGAGCCUGAGUGUCCUCUGUGAGAGGUGCCCUGGGAUGUGGCUGAACUCAAAGGCACAGUCUUUAGGCCUUGUCCACGGUGGUCUUUCACUUCUUAAUAACCCUCUCUGGUUGCCAAAGUAAUACACAUUCACAGAAACUAGGAGUGGCCUCUUUCGCUAUUAUCUCAUACGUCUGUGCUCAAUUUUCUCUCUCUCUCUCUGCCAGGUUAUGCCCCAGAGUCUUUGCCCAUUUCUGUGGCCAGAAAGCCCAGCCCUCCCUUUUCUUCAGGGAAGCCCUCAGGGCUGGGCUGGAGCCCCCUUCCCCACCUCCCUUGUGUCCACCCAAGCCUCUUGUCCUCCCAUCCCAGGACUCAUCGUGCUGAAUGGGAGGCUUCCCCCACACCCCAUGGGCAGGAUCACCUCGUGCUGCUCUGGGUCCCCACAGCCAACUCAAACUGCACACCCAGUGAGCCCUCGGUAACAAGAGUCAGCCACACUGGCUGCCCUGCAGCACACAGCCAUCUCUGUCCUGGAAGUCACGUGCCCAGUUCCCUGUAAACUUCCUCUGCUGAGCUUGGGGGGGCAGGCAGGGCAUGGAGACCCCGAAGCAUGCCCAUUUCUCUGAAGGUGGAACCAAGCCCUUGUAAAUAAGCUAGAACACAGGGCACUGUGCCCUGAGCCAAGCCCCAGCCCCUGCAGCGCCCCCCUUGCCACCUGCCUCUGCUCCCAGGCAGGCAGUAACCUGCACAGGUGCACUGUGGGCACCAGGGCGCCUGGGAGCAGCUGGCCCUGGGAAGGAUGAACGGUCCCUGCACCUGUGCAUGUACAUGCGUGCACACCUGCGUGUGACCUUGGCCCAGCCUCAACUCGGCUGUAAACAGCAGAUGUCUCCUGGCCUCAGGUCCACUGCCUGGCAUGUGGCCAGCCUGCAGGAUGGGGGCAGAGGUAAGAGGUGGGGAAAGGGACCCUCUUCAGGCAGCUGCUAACUCAGGCUCCUGGCUGGCGCCAGCCCCAUAAAUACCCCCGGGCCUGGAGGGAGGGCCCCACAGAGGCAGGCACACACCAUGGGGCGCCUGGAGCUGGCUGUCUUGGGCCUCACUUGCUGCUUGGCGGUAGCGAGUGCUGCAGAGCUGGGCGUGGUGUACACGGAAGGAGGCUUCGUGGAAGGCGUCAACAAGAAGCUUGGCCUCUUUGGUGACUAUGUUGACAUCUUCAAGGGCAUCCCCUUUGCCGCCCCCACCAAGACCCUGGAGAACCCCCAGGAACACCCUGGCUGGAAAGGGACACUGAAGGCCACCGACUUCAAGAAGCGAUGCCUGCAGGCCACCAUCACGCAGGACAACACCUACGGGGAUGAGGACUGCCUGUACCUCAACAUCUGGGUCCCCCAGGGCAAGAAGGAAGUCUCCCAGGACCUGCCUGUCAUGAUCUGGAUCUACGGAGGCGCCUUCCUCAUGGGGGCCGGCCAGGGGGCCAACUUUCUCAGCAACUACCUGUACGAUGGGGAGGAGAUUGCCACGCGGGGCAAUGUCAUCGUGGUCACCUUCAACUACCGCGUUGGCCCCCUGGGCUUCCUCAGCACUGGGGACCCCAACCUGCCAGGUAACUAUGGUCUUCGGGAUCAGCACAUGGCCAUUGCGUGGGUGAAGAGGAACAUCGCAGCCUUCGGGGGAGACCCCAACAACAUCACCAUCUUUGGGGAAUCAGCCGGAGGUGCCAGCGUCUCUCUGCAGACGCUCUCUCCCUACAACAAGGGCCUCAUCCGCCGAGCCAUCAGCCAGAGCGGCGUGGCACUGAGCCCCUGGGCUGUCCAGAAGAACCCCCUCUUCUGGGCCAAGAGUAUCGCCGAGAAGGUGGGCUGCCCCGUGGACGAUACCUCCAGGAUGGCCAGGUGUCUGAAGAUCACCGACCCCCAUGCCCUGACGCUGGCCUAUAAGAUGCCCCUGACAGGCACAGAGUACCCUGCGUUGCACUACCUGGGCUUCCUCCCUGUCGUCGAUGGAGACUUCAUCCCCGAUGACCCUGUGAACCUGUACGCCAACGCUGCCGACAUUGACUACCUCGCAGGCACCAAUGACAUGGACGGCCACAUGUUCGCCAGCCUCGACCUGCCAGCCAUCAACAAGAACAAGGAGGUCAUCACAGAGGAGGACUUCUACAAGCUGGUCAGUGGGCUCACCAUGACCAAGGGGCUCAGAGGUGCCAAUGCCACCUUUGACGUGUACACCAAGCCCUGGGCCCUCGACGCGUCCCAGGAGACCAAGAAGAAGACCGUGGUGGACUUUGAGACCGACAUCCUCUUCCUGGUGCCCACAGAGAUGGCCCUGGCCCAGCACAGAGCCAACGCUGAGAGUGCCAAGACCUACGCCUACCUGUUCUCCCUGCCGUCUCGGAUGCCCAUCUACCCUAGCUGGGUGGGGGCCGACCAUGCAGAUGACAUCCAGUACGUGUUCGGGAAGCCCUUCGCCACCCCUCUGGGCUACCAGUCCCAACACAGGACGGUCUCCAAGGCCAUGAUCGCCUAUUGGACCAACUUUGCCAGAACUGGGGACCCCAACACGGGCCACUCAGCCGUGCCCACGCACUGGGAUCCCUACACCCUGGAAAGCGGCAACUACCUGGAGAUCAACAAGGAGAUGGAUGGCAGCUCCAUGAAGGAGAACCUGAGGACCGACUACCUGCGCUACUGGUCCCUGACCUACGAGGCGCUGCCGGCGGUGGCCAGCGAGGGGACUGUCCCUGCGCCUCCGACGGGUGACUCUGAGACCACCCCCGUGACCCCCAUGGGUGACUCUGAGGCCACCCCUGCGCCCCCCAUGGGUGACUCUGAGGCGGCUCAGAUGCCCGUAGUCAUUGGUUUCUAAUGUCCAUGGCCCCAAGAGGCCACACGGUGGGACCCAAGGGCACACCCCUCCGCUCUCGAGCUCUUCCUGAAUAAAGCCUCAUCUCUCAUUGGCUGGCAUCUUUCUUUGCUCCUGAGACCCAGGAAGGAGGGCCCUCAGUUGACAGCACCAGGCGCU